CCCGCAGCCAGUCCGCCCGCGCCGCCGCGCGCGCCAAGCACCUCCUUCGCCGCACCUUUAAAGGCGGGGAGACGGAGGUCGGCGGCGCUCCCGGAGGGGCUGCGCGGGGAGCGCGGCGCGGAGCCGGCGAGUGAUCACCCUCUGCCCCAUCCCACUCUUCGCAGAAAGGAGCUGCCACGAGACUGUGAGUGUUGACCGUGCGAGGACCAAGGUGGGGUAGUAACAUCUUUUGGGGAAAGAGAGUUGGCUUCCUUUCCUGAAGGUGGUGAAUGUACAGCAGAGAUGCAUGGCAGGAACGAUAAUCGGUUGACCGCCUUCUCUGUUUUGUGCUAGAAAACAGAAUCAGUUGUAAGAAUCCAUGUUGAUCUUGGAAAUAGAAGGAUUAAAAAAAGUUAAGUUUCCACCAAGAACAAGAACUUUCCCAUCUCCCUUUUGAUCUGAAGACUGGGGACAAUGGAUAUCAUAGAAACAGCAAAACUUGAAGAACACAUAGAAAAUCAAACCAACGAUCCUGCAAACACUUACACGAGACCUGCAGAACCUGCUGGAGAGGAAAACAAAAAUGGCAACAGUAAACCUAAGAGCUUGUCCAAUGGGCUGCGGAAAGGUGCCAAAAAGUACCCGGACUACAUCCAAAUUGCCAUGCCCACUGACUCAAGGAGCAAAUAUCCCCUUGAGUGGUGGAAAACAGGCAUUGCCUUUGUGUACGCACUUUUCAACCUCGUCCUGACAACCGUCAUGAUCACAGUUGUACACGAGAGGGUCCCUCCCAAGGAGCUCAGCCCUCCACUCCCAGACAAGUUUUUUGAUUACAUUGAUCGGGUGAAAUGGGCAUUUUCUGUAUCAGAAAUAAAUGGGAUUAUAUUAGUUGGAUUAUGGAUCACCCAGUGGCUGUUUCUGAGAUACAAGUCAAUAGUGGGGCGCAGAUUCUUUUUUAUCAUUGGAACUUUAUACCUGUAUCGCUGUGUUACCAUGUACGUCACUACUCUGCCUGUGCCCGGAAUGCAUUUCCAGUGUGCUCCGAAGCUCAACGGAGACUCCCAGGCGAAAGUGCAGCGGAUUCUGCGGUUGAUUUCCGGCGGGGGACUGUCCAUAACUGGAUCGCAUAUCUUGUGCGGAGACUUCCUCUUCAGCGGUCACACGGUUGUGCUGACACUAACUUAUUUGUUCAUCAAAGAAUAUUCACCUCGUCACUUCUGGUGGUACCAUCUAAUCUGCUGGCUGCUGAGUGCCGCCGGGAUCAUCUGCAUUCUUGUAGCACAUGAACACUAUACUGUCGAUGUGAUCGUUGCUUACUAUGUCACAACACGGCUCUUCUGGUGGUACCACUCAAUGGCCAAUGAAAAGAACUUGAAGGUCUCUUCACAGACUAACUUCUUGUCUCGAGCAUGGUGGUUCCCCAUCUUUUAUUUUUUUGAGAAAAACGUACAAGGCUCAAUUCCUUGCUGCUUUUCCUGGCCCCUCUCCUGGCCUCCUGGCUGCUUUAAAUCUUCGUGCAAAAAGUAUUCACGGGUUCAGAAGAUCGGUGAAGAUAAUGAGAAAUCUACCUGAAAAGCAAAACAAAGGCACCAGCUCUGAUACCAAAAGCGUUUACGCUGUAACCAAAGGUAUAGUUUUGUCUUUUUAUUUUAGGAGAACUUGACUGGUAAAUGAAGAAGUGGACCAAAUUUUGUGCAAAUGAUUAGAAAGAUGAACGAAGUAUUAGCCUUUGACUGGUUUUUAUUAAUCCUGAGAAAGACGUAUUUUGCUGCAGCUUUUCCUCCGCUGGUGACGAGCCCACGCUGGGAGUUUACUCAGGAGCUUGUUAAAGACGGGCCAGAGGACGCAGUCCUCUCCUCGCUCUUUCCCCACUAAAGCCCUCGACGGAAGUUUUUCGGGAUUUUUUUCUUCCAAGGUCAGAAGAAUUUGUUAACAUUUUAAAUAAAAUAUCUGGAUAUAUACAGCUACUAUGUAAAUAGAAUAACCUACGUUGAGAGUGGUUUUUGGCAUCAGGCUCGUUAGUGAGGGGAGAUGCUGGGUUGCAAAUAAGCCUCAAGAGAACUCUGUUUCUGCCUUCUCGUGGGCGAGGCCGGGCUCAGAUCUGGGAAGGUGCGCUGCGGCCGCCCCAUGCACUAUGUGUCACUUUUACUUUUUUUUUUAACUGAUAAUUUUAUUUUAAGAAAAUGAUCUAAGUAAAUAUGGAAGUAUUUGCCUCACCCCAUGGCUUUUACAUGUGUAAAUAUUUCACUUUAAAAUCUGACAGAUACAUAGGAAACUGAGGGCUAUUUCUGUUACCGGGGGGCCCUGUGUAUGCACCUGUACGCUGUCUGCCCGGUACAUUUGCACCUGGUACCCACAGGCAGCCCACUGCUCGAGCACAGGCUGGAAACCCCUCUGUGCCGAGCCGAUGGCCCUGCCACCUGGGGACAAGCCCACGUUUCUCUCCCAGAUCUGUUUUAGAGCUGCUAAUUGGAACUCAGAUACAAUUGGUCACACUUCACUGAAAACGAUUUCUUCCCAGUUACAUUGUGCUUUGUGAAAAAACUGAGAUGGAGUCCAAAAGUUGAAUGCAUCCUUGCCUUUUAGCAAGAGACUCAGCCUCUUACAAACUGGUCCUGAGGACAUACGCCACAACCGAGCAGUUUUGCUCUGACCCUGAGAUUACACCACGGUGCUGCACUAUAACCUCCACUUGGGCCGGCGUGUUAGACAGCUACGCUGUGAAGGGGAUUAAGGGGGAUAAUUGUUUCUAAAGUUCUUUGAGGUGAUGCAAAAAAAGAUGGAGUUUUAGAAAUCUGAUCAGAUUUAAUGCCAUCAGUUUUAGUGCAUUGUUUAAUGCUAUUGAAUCUUUUGGAUAAUUCUUGGCUUAAUUUCUUAAGACUUCUAGUAACCUUAGAAAAAGAUUUAAGGUUACAAAAUCACCAACCCUAGGUCAGAGGGCAGAGAGGCCAAUGGGGUGGAAGGAGGCAGUUACAUUUCUAUUGAAGGUGAGGAUUUCCCUCCACUUAGAAUGAAAAACAUCCCUAAAUCUGUCAUCAUAAACUGGUCAACCUUGGUUCGGUACACAAAAUUGAACUUUUCAUUGUUCGAGAGAAGCACAAUACAGAUCUGUUCAGAAGGGUCAUUAUCCUUUGGUGCUAAAAUUCUGGGUGUGUUUUCCAUAUGGCUUUCUCUGAGUAACAGAAGCAUCACUAAAGGAAAGGUAGUUGAAUUCAAAGGCAGGAAGAAAAACUCUCUAAUCUGGUUAUUUAAAACAAGAAUUAAAACCCAAAACAUCCUUGGCAGGCUUUGAAAUGCAGAUUUUUCCAGUAUUAAUUAUUAAACCAAUAAGAAACAUAUCUGUGGCUUACCUGGUGCCUUCAGCCAUCGUUCUACAUAAUUUUCCCUUGUUAAACACUGACGUGGGGUAGAACAGGUGCUGUGCUUGAACACACAGAGUUGAAACUCCUGCGGUCUGGGUGCAGGAAGAGCCCGGACCCCAAGGCCUGGGUUUGCCCUCCUGACACUGGGGUAUUUCAGAGCCUCUCACUCACAUGAAACAGCCUGAGGGACCGGCGAGCCUUAUUCAGAGGGCUUCGGAUAACCCACUUUUCUUCAAAUUAAAUAAGGAAAAGUGUUUAAGCUUUAAAACUUGUGGUGUAUUGAUUGUUGGAGACCCUUUGAAACAGUCAGCUUGCAUUUUAGUCAAAUAAUCCAGUUUAAAAAUAAUAAUAAUAAUACCAUCACCUUUUAAAGAACUUUAAAAACAUCUAUGACCCCCCCACGUGGACAUACUGCUCCCAUGUUCUUUAUGCAUAUGUGUCAUCGCUUUCUAAUAGAUGCUGUGGAAGCAUGUGGUUUGAAAAUAAGGGGGGACAUAUCAAAGUUUCAGGAUGGGAAAAUAAGAGAAAUAGUGAAACUCGUUUACAUUUGGGAAAGCAAACUUGAGGUUUACCCCAACAUGCUGCCUGGGGACAUGAAACAUACACAUGACCCAGCCUUUGAAACGGUAAAUUUUCAGAGCCCCCAUUCCUUGCUAAUUAAAUAAGAUACCAGAUUUCAUGCAUUAUCCUUGUUUUUGUAAACCAGUGCUCCUGUUUGAAGCUUUUCCCGUAAUUUAGUCCUUCUGUGCAAUAUCUAUAACAUAUAAUUCUUAUAAAUUAUGCCAUAUUUUUUUCUAAAUUCUUUCACAUGGAAAUAAGUUCCUCUCAGAUUCGAUUUUUUGAGCUCCUCCACUAGCUCUGAAAAGAAAGCAUUCAUCCCCAGUUCCACCCAAAGAAACUGUGAAUUUGUUGUUUAAUUGACUGGCAUCCCGGGACACAAGUUUUGCUGUGGAAGAAAGGCUGUUUUAAGAGACCCUGGUCUCUAGUCUGGCCACGGACCACGUUACACAAGCGUGUUUGCUGUGUUCCAGUGCCCCCUUGUGGAAAUAUGUUCUAUGACUUGGAGCACAAACUUGCCACUUCAAGUUUUUAAAAGGCAUUUGUUUUUCAUUAGUUUUGCCAAUAAUCUGAAAGCAUCAUGUGAAAGGAAUUAUUUGAAAGGCAUUUUAAACCUUUCCCAAAGGGAAAAUGUGCUUAGACUCCAGGGAGGUGCAAUUCUCAUCUCGUAUCCAUUCGAUCAAAGAAGACCUGCAGACUGUUUACCUCUCACCGCCACAAUCAGUGAUGUCUCCCUUUAUAACCCCUGCGCGCUGUGUGCUUGGAAACACCAAGUUGGCUGUCUGUCGUUUUUCUCUUUUUGUGUGCUGGAACUCACGCAGUUUCUUUUUUAAUUGGAAAUUCCCUUCUUGUUCCUUGAAUAUUUUGAACGUUUCUUUCUUAAUCCCUUUUUUGUGGUUUUUGUUUUGCACUGUAAAACUGAUUAAAAAUUUAAACCAGUCUUAACACACUCACUUCUGUAGUGUAAGGAAGUGUGAGAAGGAAUUUGCUAAUAAAUGAGUUUACAUGUUUAAAUCAAGCAUAUUGUAAGUAAUAUGCCAUAUGUUGAAGGCUUUUCUAUUUGUAUGUAUAAAGAUUGCUGGUAUUUUCUUUAAUGUCAUUGUGUUGCAAUAAUUUAACUCCUUUGACUUACUUGCUAAAAAUAUUUCUUCUAUUAAGAAGUGCUCUUGACUUCAAUACCUAAAACACUGAAAAUCAUGUCACAGGUACCCAAAGAUAAGUUUUUAUACAGAUAUACACCUUAUAAGUUGAUUUAUUUUAUUACUCAUUAGUCUAACUAUGCUGUGUUCUAAAUGAAUCAUGAAUGAGAAUAGUUCUUUAUUGUGGAAUUAUUUAAAACUGUCCUUUAAAAGAAAAAGAAGAAACUGUAAACAUAAGCUAAGCUAGUUGCCAAGGUGGAAUUCAUUAUUUAAUUUACCUCCUAUGCAAUGAUUAAUGCUGCAAAAUGUAUGGUUAUGUUACAGUAUAUUCACAAAAGAAAUAUUAAAGGUUUGAGAGGAGCCGAUUGCACUCUUUCGGGAAUUUACUGUUGCAAUGUGCUAAGUGCCUUGUUGUAAAGUAAAAUUUUAAGUCUAGAAUUCAUUAUUUUCCUGACAUAUAUUUUUCAUUAUGAUAUAUACUGUAUGCUAUUGUAAUAGUUUUAUUAAAUGCUUACAUUUUAAUCAAAUAUGUAAAUUUCAGAAG